UUGGAUUUAAUCUUAAUGUUAUAAUUACUCAACAGUGUCACAUUUCCAUUAAUUGUAGCGAUGUACACAAUUGAGUUUCAAAAGAGGGGUCUUCCACAUGCACAUAUUCUUCUUUGGCUCCAUGCAAGUUGUAAACUCAGAACUCCUGAUAUGAUUGAUGCUGUAAUAUGUGCUGAACUUCCAAAUCCUAAGAGCGAUCCUAUACUUUUCCAGGCAGUUUCUAACUACAUGGUUCAUGGUCCAUGUGGAUUAAGUAACAAGCAAUCGCCUUGCAUGAAGGAUGGACAUUGUUCCAAAUACUUUCCCAAAGAAUUCACAGAUCAUACAUCAUUUGAUAGUGAUGGAUUUUCGAUUUAUAGAAGGAGAAAUUCUGGGAUCACAACAACUAGAAGAGAUGUGCCUUUGCAUAAUGGGUAUGUUGUUCCAUAUAAUCCGAAGUUGUUGUUGAAAUACCAAGCACACAUUAACAUUGAAUAUUGCAACAAGUCAAACUCGAUCAAGUAUUUGUUUAAAUACAUUAAUAAGGGUGUCGAUCGGGUUACAAUGUCAAUGUCUGUGGGUGAAAAUGUCAAUGAGGUUGAUGAGAUCAAACAAUAUUAUGAUUGUAGAUAUAUUUCACCGUGUGAAGCUGUGUGGAGAAUUUUUAAGUUUGAGAUACACCAUAAAUGGCCACCUGUUAAGAGAUUGCGAUUUCACUUGCCCAACAAACAGGUUGUUAUCUUUAAAAAUGAUGUUGCAGUGAAUGGUGUACUAAAGCGGUCAAGAGAAAAACUUACAAUGUUCAUGGCAUGGAUGGUAGCAAAUGCAAAAUAUGACAUUGGUAAGGAUUUAACCUAUGCUGACUUCCCUUCUAUGUUUGUUUAUGACCGUUCUAAGUGCGAGUGGAGACCUAGGAAGCAAGGUUAUUCAAUUGGACGAAUGAACUUCAUGCCUCCGGGAAUUGGUGAGUUAUUCUAUAUGAGGCUAUUGCUUAAUGUGCAACGUGGAUGUAGCAGCUUUGAAGAGUUGAGGACUGUGAAAAAUCAUACACAUGAUACAUUUCAAGAAGCUUGUGAUGCAUUGGGUUUGUUGACCGAUGAUCGAAAGUUUAUUGAUGCCAUACAUGAGGCUUCUGAGCAAGGAUCCGGUUUUUACCUUAGAUCAUUGUUUGUUAGAUUGUUGUUAUCCAAUACUAUGGCAAAUCCUCGGAACGUGUGGGAAAAAUCAUUUAUUCAUCUAGCUGAUGGAAUAGUUCACGAACGACGGAGGUUACUCAACAAACCAGGGCUUACAAUGGAUGAGGAAAGUUUACAGAAACUUUGUUUGUUAGAGAUUGAGAAAAUUUUGUUGGUUAAUGGAAGAUCAUUGAAAGACUUCAAUGGCAUGCCCUGUGUUGAUCCGAACUUACUUGCGGAGUAUGGAAACUUGCUAAUGUUUAAUGAAAUGAAUUAUGAUACUAAUGAUAUGAGUCGUUUGCACACAGAAUGCAUGCAGAAGUUGAACUCAGGUCAAAUGAAUUUGUUUCUUGAGAUAAUGUCAGCAGUUUGUAGUGAUAAGGGAGGAUUCUUCUUUGUCUAUGGUUAUGGUGGUACUGGGAAGACAUUUCUCUGGAAAACACUAACGUACAAACUUCGAGCUGAGAAAAAAAUAGUCCUGAACGUUGCAUCUAGCGGUAUAGCAUCUUUGUUACUACCUGGAGGCAGGACUGCUCACUCGCUUUUUUCCAUCCCUUUAAAUUUGGAUGAGGAUUCAUGUUGUUGUAUAUCACAACGUAGCCCAAAAGCAGAAUUACUUCAAGCUGCAAGUCUAAUCAUUUGGGAUGAGGCCCCAAUGGUUAGUAAAUAUGCAUUUGAGGCACUUGACAGAACAUUAAGAGAUAUUAUGAAGGUGAAGGACAAGGAUAGCAUGGACAAACCAUUUGGUGGCAAAACUGUUGUAUUGGGCGGAGACUUUAGACAAAUAUUUCUUGUUAUUCCGAAGGGUAGUAGGGCAGAUAUUGUUAUGGCCACUAUUAAUUCAUCCCGUUUGUGGAGACAUUGCAAGGUUCUUACAUUAUCGGAAAAUAUGCGGUUGUUGACUAACUCGUCCUUGGAAGAGAUUGAUGAAGUUCGAUCAUUUGCCAAAUGGGUACUUGACCUCAGGGAUGGAAAAUUAGGUGUUUCAAAUGAUGGUGAAAGUGAAAUCUGUAUUCCAAAUGAUUUGUUGAUUCAAGCUUCUUCUGAUCCCAUUUCUGAUAUUGUUAAAUUCACCUACAACAACAUUAGGGAAGACAUGGUAAGUGUGGAUUAUUACAAAGACAAAGCAAUUCUUGCUCCAACAUUGGAUGCUGUUGAGUCUAUUAAUCAGUAUGUGUUGUCCCUUAUUGAUGGUGAAGAAGUGACAUAUUCAAGUUCUGACACGAUGUGGAGGGUGGAUGAACAAGUUGCAAUCAUGGCUGAUUGGAUUACAACAGACUUUCUAAAUGAUAUCAAGUGCUCAGGUAUACCUGAUCACAAAUUGGUGUUGAAGAAUGGUGCUCCAAUCAUGUUAAUGCGUAACCUUGAUAUAUCAUCAGGUUUGUGUAAUGGCACUAGAUUAAUUGUGGAGCAUUUAUGUCCAAAUGUCAUCGGUGCUAUUAUUAUUACUGGUACACACAUAGGAAAAAAGACUUUUAUUUCUAGAAUGGAUUUGAUACCUUCAAAUCCUAAUCUUCCAAUCAAGUUUAUGCGGCGCCAGUUUCCUGUGUGCUUAUCAUUUGCCAUGCCCAUAAACAAGAGUCAAGGCCAGAGUUUAUCUCAUGUAGGUGUAUAUCUACCUAAGCCGGUUUUCUCUCAUGGUCAACUCUAUGUUGCUGUCUCAAGGGUGAAGUCAAAAUCUGGGUUAAAAAUCCUCAUUUCUGAUGAUGAUAUAGGGAGACGUCAGGUCACGAAGAAUAUUGUAUACAAAGAGGUUUUCCAAAAAAUAUAUAAUUAAUUUGUACGAGUUUAUCUAAAAAAUUAAUAAUUUUA